CUACCCAGACCCCAUCGAUCCCCUCCUCCCAUCGCACCCCUCCUCCCCCCAUCUUCUCGCCGCCGCUAUCGACGGUGCUCCCCUUGAUCCCUCCCACCGCCGUCUCACUCCCUCAGAUCGAGCUCCCCCUCCCCUCUCCCUCCCACCUCUCGACACCCGCACUCCCUUCCGUCUUCCACCCGCACUCUCUAUCUUCCACGCUCGAUUCCCUCCUCGUCUCUCCCUCGCCUCGCCGCCGCCCCCACCCACCGCCACCGGCGACUUUGCUCCCCCGCUCCGCCCUAUCCCCCACCAUCACCGCGAAACCCUUCAGCCUCCUCCUCUCCCUCCCAGAUCGAGCAGCACGCCAGGCGGCCGCCAGAUCCGCCUCGACGCUACCAGAUCCAAUCUCGCACCGUCGACACGCGAUACGGUGCUCGAGGUCGUCAGCUCGCGCCCCCCAAUCGCUCGCGCGCCAGGAGAGGAAGAAAGGGCGGCCACUUGUUUGUUCCUUUCUCUCGGGCCACGACGCGGCCGUGCGGGUUCUUCCACGUGAGGAGAGAGUUCACUGCGGCUUGGAUGCUCCGACGCCAUGGAGCUCGUCAACAAGGACACCAUCUCCCUCUCCGUGUUGCUCUGUUCGCCAAGUUCUCUCUGCUGCACGAGAUAAAACCCAUCGAGGAGUUCGAGAACCCUAGAUGCACCCACGAUGGCCUCAACGCCUGAAAAUCAUGGGCUCCAACAAGCAGCUCUAGGAGAUGGAGGUUUCGUCUUGCUCCUGCUUUCUUGUACUGUUGUACAGGUUUUGGAAAUUGCUGACGACGGGAGGAGUGGGAGGAGCCGGGCCAUCGGGAGGUUCUUGGCAGCGGCGGUGGAGGAGGCCGACGCACAGGAGGACGGCGUGCUGCUGCCCAAGGAGGGGAGCGAGGCGGCUCGGAGGUACCCGCUGUACCUGUCCAAGGAGGUGCCCGAGGACGCGGCGCUCCCGAUCACCGUGUUCGACCGCCAGCUCGUGCUCUUUCUCCCCUCCAUAGGAGAAGAAGGCCAAGGAGGAGAAGGCCAAGAAGCUGCAGGCCAAGAAGUCCAAGAUGAAGGGAGCUCGAUGAAGCUUGGGCGUUGCUGAGGGCUCCGACGGUGGUGGUGGUGGUGCUGGGCUGGUUGUGGCCUCAUGCGUGGUAGGAGGCUAGGCUGGCCCUUGACUUCAAUAGUCUAACUACCUCCUUGGCUCCUGCCUCUGCACCACAAAUCUCUGGUGAACUCCAGUGAACUCUUGGGGCUACCUUCUUCACUCUGAUCACUCCAAUCCCCUAUACCGUGAUGGCUUACUCUUCAUGUCUUGAUGUGGUUCUCUGCUUAGUGUAGCUGUAUUAGACUCACUAUGAGAUGUCCACUCUUGUUUUGUUAACAAACAUGAACUGUUAAGUCACCUAUUCAUGGCUGUUGCUUUUGUUCAGUAUAUAUGUGUGCUUUCUGAUUUGUAAGCAUAGGUGGUUAUAGGUUGUUGUGAUGAAUAUAAAUGUUAACAAGUGCUCAUGCAUGGCGGUAUACUAGAGCUAGUUGUAUGUGCUCAUUACCUUCUUGUUGUCACUUUGUCAGCAUCAAUCCAAUCCAAUCCAGCCCAAUGAAUCUAAGCUGCUCGUUUAGUUCUCGCCAUCGGUGGUAGCCAACAACUAACCGAUCUUAGCUGCUGCCGGCUGUUUGGCAUCCUAUGUAUUUUUUGUUGCUAGUCUCAGAAAUAAUGCAUGAAUGGCAUCAAAGCUGCUUCAUGCUAUCUCUCGGGCAAAGUAGAUGCUAGUUUAAUUACUAUCUGUACAUCAUCAGGUCUACUUGAUGCAAGUUUCUAUUUUUUGUUUGUCUCUCUUUGACAUAUUGCCUUUUCUUUUUGAAUCUGCAGGUUAUUUACAUCAUUUAUUGAUUAGGAGAUGAUGGUGAUCUUCUUUUGUUGCGGGGAACCUGUUAGAUAAAGUUUAUGUGCUUUGAACCUGCAAGAUACAGUUCUGUAUAAUGUUGUGUGAGAUAAAAGUUAUGUACUCGUGAACCUAGGAGAUAGGUUAUUGAUAUGUGUUGGUCUGUCUAAUGUUAUGCGAGAUAAAGUUGUGUAAAAAAGUUUUCUCUGUUAUUGUUGUGGGAAAGAAGACUGUUACUAUACAGAUUUGAGAAUAUUGGCUGUAAAUAAAAGAGGGCCUGGCCCACUAUUGGAUUGUAA